AUGAAGCCGUGCGAGGAGGAGGAGGAGGAAGGACGGGCGGCGGCGGCGGCGGCGGGCGGCGGCGGGGACCCCUGGAAGGAGUGCGCGGAGGUGGCGGUGCAGCUGGCGCGCCGCGCCGGGCAGAUUAUUAGGAAAGCUCUGACAGAAGAAAAACAAGUGUCCACAAAGACAUCUGCAGCAGAUCUUGUGACAGAAACUGAUCAUUUUGUGGAAAAUUUAAUUAUUUCUGUUCUGAAAGAGAAGUUUCCCUCCCACAGGUUUAUUGCAGAAGAAUCCACUGCUGCAGGUUCAAAAUGUGUCCUCACUGACAGUCCGACCUGGAUUAUUGACCCUGUUGAUGGAACGUGCAACUUUGUGCACAGAUUUCCAACAGUGGCAGUGAGCAUUGGAUUUGCUGUUAACAAAGAGCUUGAAUUUGGUGUAAUUUACCACUGCACUGAAGAACGAUUAUACACUGGUAGAAGAGGUCAAGGGGCAUUUUGUAAUGACAAAAGGCUUCAGGUAUCAAAAGAGACAGAUAUCUCGAAGGCCUUAAUUUUAACAGAAAUUGGUCCAAAACGUGACCCUGCAACUUUGAAAUUGUUCCUUGGUAACAUUGAGAGAUUGCUCAAGGCCCAAGCACACGGGGUCCGUGUCAUUGGGAGCUCGACGCUGGCCCUGUGCCACUUGGCAUCUGGCGCUGCAGACGCCUAUUACCAGUUUGGGCUGCACUGCUGGGACCUGGCAGCGGCCACUGUCAUCAUCAGAGAGGCAGGUGGCACUGUGAUAGACACUUCAGGGGGACCUCUGGAUCUUAUGUCCUGCCGAGUGAUCGCUGCAGGCACAAGAGAGAUGGCCAUGUUCAUAGCUCAGGAAAUACAAACUAUUCACUACCGACGGGACGACGAGAAUUAA